CGUGGCAUCCCUGAGGCAGGAUACACCGAGGACCAUCUCUCUCCCUCCAUAUGCAGGGCGUCCGGGAUUAAGGAUUCAGCUAUGAAGUGGAGAGACAGGAUAUCCAAGAUAUCCAUACUUUCAAGGAAACGUAAUCGGAGAAAUGCUGUAACCCAGCCUAAUGGAGCAAGCAGCAGCACCAGCAGCACCAGCACCAGCAGCAUCAACACCAGCACCAGCACCAGCAGCACCAGUACCAGCAACAGCCUCCCCUCAGGGUCAGGGGUGCCAAGGGAAGCUGGGCCUUCCAAUAGUGCCUCAAGGGAGAGUGUGGAGUCCACCCUCUCCCAGCUGCGUCCAGUCAUUGGCCCAGACCACAAGAGUUACUACAUACUCCUUCGGGGCAACGGCGACCUCUUCACCUGCAUCCAGCCGGCGAAGAGUGUCAUCCACAGCCUGGAUGACAUGAUGAAGAACGUCAUGAACAGUGUCAAGUCUGCCAGGGUGCAGGAUGUGCCAACUCAUCCCAAGAGGCCUAGACACAGCCAGACCAAGACCUACUCCACCCCAGCCUUCCACAAAACCAGUGUGGGUGGCAGGAGGAAUGGAGUGCAGGCAGUUCUGCUGGGUGAUGAGAGUGCUCAGGGGACCAGUGUGCGCCCUGAGGAUGUGUUUGUCACAAGGGAGGGUAGUUUAGGGGUGGACAGUGUUAUACAAAGUGCUGCAUCAAACAGGACAGUGCCACAAGUGAACAGUGAGCUGCCAGGCCACCAGCAGGCAAGGACAAAUACCCUCAUGCAUCAUCCCACAGUGCAAAGUAGGUUAGCGUCCCAAACUAGUACAAACAACAACAUUGUAAAGCAGGAGUUGUCUUUGCUCCUCUCUCAGGGCUGUGAUGAGGAAAGUAGCCAGAGCUCAGUCCUUGUAAGCUCACAGGACCUCUUGAAGGCAACCCUAAGUUCCCCUCCUCGGAAAAGAGACACAAGCUGCCAGACCAAGGUGACCAAUGGCCUUGAAGGUCACCUGGGACAAGCCAUUCCAAACCAGUCUCAGAAGGUCGGGGGCUCAGAUAGUAGUCUUAGUAGUGUGUUGGGAAGUGUGGGACAGAACCCCUUCAACGAAGUUCGUCUCAUCUCUAAAGAAGGAACAGUUCUGACGGAAGAUGAGAUUGCUGCACAGAUCAAAACCCUUAUCGAGACUGAACAGCUUGUUGUUGGGGAGGACUCCCAAAUCAUUGUUCUGAGAGUGUCUGAACGGGAAGUGAUAGUAAAGCUGGUUCCAAGUGGGGUGCAGGUGAGGCCAGUGGUGAGCCAGAGCCAACAGCAACAACUAGAGCAGCAACAACAGCAACAACAACAACAACAACAACAACAACAACAGCAACUACAGCAGCAACAACAGCAGCAGCAACAGGAGCAAGUGACACAACUUUCCAGGCCUAAGGACUUCCUCAACAGAGAAGUUACAAAGAUGUCUGUCACCAGUCGAGUGAAAGAAGAGCUUGUGAGCAUAUCAGAGGUUACGAAAACAUCUGUCACUGCUCGAGUGAAGGAGGAGGAAGUGAGCAUAUCACCGUGCAUCUCCCCAUCACCUGAGGAAGACUGCUUUACCCAGGAUGUCUUGGUCUCCCGGUCUCAUCAGGACUCUGACCUUGAUUGUUUCUUCUCAUCAUACUCACAAGGAAAGCAGGCCUUUGAGGGGAUAAGGGGCAUGUCACUGGAUCCUGGCCUCACCCCAAACUGUGUCUUGGAGUCGCUGGCAGAGCCGCUAGUUGACCCCCUGGUCAAUGCAGCACAGCAGCAGCAGGAGGAUGAGCUAGACAAGCUGUCCUGUGGAAUGAGUGACCUUGAGGACCUUGGACAGUCACUGCUGCAGGGAACGACAGACAUUGUGGUGUUUCAGCGUGAGGAUGGAACCUUAGUAAACCAGGAUGGAAUACCCAUCUCCAGUGAGCUACAGUACUUGAUUGCCACUUCUCAGCUGGAUCUUGAUGGUUCCUUGGAAUCUGAGAGCCAGAAUAAUCAUAUCUUAGUGCCUCCUGAAGCCUUUGAAGACCACACAGUAGAUGUAAACUGUGAGCUGUAAUUGUGGGGCUUACUGUAAGUGUGAUGUCCUUGAAUGUUACUCUAAUUCUUCCUUUCUGUUUCCUCCAAAAUUUCCACAUGUUUUAACUUGCAGUUGAAUGGUAUCUUUUAUCAGUGUAAUUAAUGGAGCUAUCAAAGCCUUUAAGUUUCAGUGAAGUUCUUUGCUUCAUGCAACUUAGGUAUUUCUAAUUUUUCAGAUUUCAUUAUGUUUCAUCCAGGUGAUAGGCCUCACUGCAAGACUAACAAAAAUAUAGCAUAUAGGGAUGGUAUAAAAAAUGUUAAUAAUAUCCCACCAACACAAAUGUUUUCAAUGUAGUCAUGGUUUCUUAAUAAGUAAAUACAAAAUUAAUGAAAUCAAUUCAUUGUUAUUCUGUGCAUCAUUCACAUACAAAUGCAGGUUUAUCUUUUAGUGUAAAGAUAUUUCUUUCUUUCUAGUUUAUCUUGUAGAGAAGUGAUAUUUAGGAGGAAAGAAUUGACGUUUGUGUUCCCAAGUACUUAUUUUCUAUCAAAGGUUUUCUAACAACUUUAUCAUGGCAUGUUAACAUCUUUCAUGUGUUGUGUGUUGAGAAGCUCAUGCAGCCCCAAAGUGUGCCUCAAACCCUUCAGAGUAUUCUGGUUAAGCAAUGGUUACAUUCAUCAUUUACUAAUAUUUUUUGUAAGGUUUAUAUGCUACAGUCUUCUUGCUGUCACCCCAAUUUCUUCCAUCUAACAUUAACAAGAUAUUGUAAAAGAUAAUGUAAGAAAAAGAUGGGAAAGAGGAGGAUUUAAGGAAGCAGGAAGACAGAGUACAUUCUCUCGGGAACAUCUUGCUAUUUUUCUCAUUUGCAAUAGUGUCAACAAAUUCCAUGAGAGAAAUGUGUGAAAGUGAGAAUUGUUGGAAGCAGGAAAACUACAUAAUGAAGACUCUUCACUCUAGGAAAAAAGUCACUGGAGGCAAGAGGACAUCAAGAUAACGAAGUAGAAUUCAUACAUAUCAGUACUUAUGUAAAGCUUGCAUAAUUUGAUGUUCAUGAAAAGAAUCUAGAAUAUUUUUUCAACAUUUAAAGUAAGUGUUGGGUUAAAAGUUGUAGCCUUUUUGAAGCAAGGUCAUGUUACUUUUUGUGUGUGCGUAAAGUGUAGGUAGCCAUUUAAAGUUUGUGUAGUGCAUUUUGUGGAGGACUGAUAUUGAGACCUGGCAUUAGGUGUGGUGCAUUUCAGGAAGCUUAUGAACACGCAUUUUCUUUACUUCCACAGGCCUGUUACAGCCACAUGGUUUAUAAAAUUAAUUCUCAUCAAAUUAUCUCCUCAUAACAAUAGCUGCAGAAUAUGGCAGAAUCGUCAUCUAAUUAAGACUAAAAGAUGCGGUAAAGUUGGUAUCAUGCGCUAGAGCUGUGUGUGGCGGUGGUGCUCAUCUCCGUCUCGUUGGCCCUUUGAGCCUGUGGUGGGAGAGAACUAAUUAACCCAACACAGGGCCAGUGUAAUAUCUGGUUUACUACAAUUUACCUUACCCAGGUUUCCCCAUGUACCUAUUUAUUGACCAAGGAUGAAUAUCUGGGUGGGCUGCAUGCCAGCUCCCCAGGCCGGGAUUCAAACCUAGGCAUGCAGAUUUGUUGUUAGGGACGCCAACCACUGCACCGCAUAGGCACAUAAAUCAAGACUGUGGUAUGGAAUAUUUGGGGUGGAUUAACAAAUAGUUUCCUCUUAUUAAGUUAAUGUCAUGGUGUUUUUAAUACUUCUUCAGAAGUGAUGCUGUACUAAAUAUAUGACACCACAUGUACAGUUUAUGCAGUUAGACGUGAAGUGGCUGUGUAUACUGGCCUUGACUACAUUCGUAAUGGGCCUUCACAUCACCUCAGGACCAUGCCCGUGACUCUUUUAGUGUGGUGUAGCAAAUCUUACCCUCUACAAUGACUUGAUAGCAAACAAAAUAAGAUCUCAUGCCUGUCUACCUCUCUUUAUACAUUAUCAAAAGGAGUAAAUUGUUCACUAUUGUGUUUGUAGGUAAUUUGUUGCCUGGGAGUGAAAGUUCUGUGGAUGUAUUUGUUGCUCUUUAUUUUUAUUACCUGCAGAUAUGUCACAGUCUAGCUUACAGUUAUGGUCUCACACAAGACCAUGUAUGUUGGGUGAUCAUGGAUGCUACAGUAUUUUUUUAUUUGGCAUAACUUUUCUACUGUUGAAUGAAAUAGGUGGCUGGGUGUCACCAUGCUCACCUGGUUAUUGGGAAGGUGAAUUUGUGCGUGGUACACCAGAGGUUGUGCAUUCCUUUGUAACGCUGGAUAGGCUCCAUGACUGUGGUAUUUGCUCCUCCUUUGCAUUAUCUAGAGGCAUGAAAGACCUUAAAUUGUCCAGGAUUUUACAGUUAUGUGUUACUUUACUUAAAACAUUGUAAAGUAGUUCAACAAAGCACAUGAGUUUAGUUUCCUUUUUAUAUGGAAAUUUCAUAGUAUUUAGCUUGAAGUGAAAGGGGAACAUGAAGGCAAUGCAUUAUAAGAAAGGAUAUUAUCUUAAUUUUUCCUCAAAUUUUUUGUUUGGCCCAUUGCACUAUUAGACUUUUCUUCAAGUGGCCCAAGUGGGCGACCCCAACCCAUUAGUGACAUGGCCAAGUGUUUGUUUAUAGUGGCACCGUGACAUCUCUUGCUUGGUUCAUGCUGGCCUCCUGGUGCUGAUAUUGAUCCUCGUGGCAGAGUUUCAUCAGGGGUGAUAGGUGGUCAUCAAGGCAGCAUGUAAGUUGUCUUUACCAUUUGGCAAUGGAUGAAAAGUACCAUCUGGUUGCUGCAGAUCUCCAGAUCAUCAUGUCCGCACAUUGACCACUUGGCCACACUGUGCCUAGUUGCAUAUAUCAUGAUAUUGGCUCUGUCACCUCAGAAACUUAGUUUUCUUGGAUAGGAUCUCAGUACAGUUUAGGGGUGUAUAAUUUGUUGAAACUUUCACACUUAAAACUGGAGAAACUUGCAAACUGUGAUAAUGCAUAAGUUCAGUAAAACAGUAGUAUUUCUCCAGAUGACCUAUAGUGUAUUAUGCCUUUAGGAAGUGUGAUGUGUUGUCACUCAGUCUGGACUGGUCCAUAUUUUCCUCUCUGUUAUCACUGUGUACCUCACUUUUCAGACAAGGAAGUGUUUUUAUUCUGGUGGUUUGAUCUUGCUGAGUUCCAGCAUUCUCACAAAAUGUUAUUUAAGUUUUGUAAAUUGAUAUGAUCAGGGCUUGUAGAAGUUUAAAGCACUGGUCAGAAGUAUAUUAUCACAUGUACAUAUUCUUUUGGGAAAUAAAGGAUACUGUGGUGGGCAUUUAUGUCAAGAUGCAAGUUGGGUAAUUUUUGUAGUUAAAUGAGUUAUUUCUCACAACAUGCCUUUGUUAAGUAGCAGUGAGGCAUAAUGUACAAUAUUCUCAUGAGCAUUCCAUGGAGAUCUUUCUAAUGAGUAGUUUGAAGAUAUUAAAAUCCAUCAUUUUGACACACACACACACACACACACACACACACACACACACACACACACACACACACACACACACACACACACACACAUCGCUCUGGUAGCUCAGUGGUAUAGCUGUGCGGUGCCAGGGGGAUAGGGUGUGUGGUGUGAGAAAGUCGCAGCAAAACCUAGAGAUUGACUAAUGAGUGAGUGCUCUAAUUGGGAGGGUACUUGCUCUCGACAACAAGUCCAGAUUGUGAUCAGGCUGUGGGUGAAAAGGUGAAUUACACACACACACACACACACACACACACACACACACACACA